AUGACUUCGCCCACUGACGCGGCCGCCGGCCCGGCCACGGCCGACAUCAUCGACGGCAUGUACAUGUUUGGGUCGGUGCCGGGCCAGGAAGACGCCGCGGCCGGUCCGGCGGGUGCCGCCCAAACAAACAACGAUGUGACGGCCUUGAAUCAGCUUCAAUCCCAAAUUCAGUCGCAAAACAACACCCAUCAGACCCCAGGCGGCGCUCCCUUUGUCGACCCGGCCGCGAUGCGCCUCCCCGGCACCGACGACUACUUCCUUCACGCCGACGAAACCCAGCCGCCACGCAAAACCACCCUGCGACGCCACAGCCACAAUCACGUCCCCGACGACGAGGACACCGAACACAUUCACUCCUUUGCCCGCCUUAUCUUUGCCGACGCAGUCUUCCACAUGACCACCAACAGCGUACUCAUCGGCCGCGACCAGCUCGCCGUCGACGAGGCCCGCCGCUUAAAAGAGGCAGGACACAGCAUGCGAACCCAGGGCGGCAGCGGCGGGAUCGACGAGAACGGCAACACCCAGGGCCUCGACAACGGCAAUUUUGAGCCGCCUCGCGUGCCAAAGUACAGCCGCUCGUACGUCAGCGAGGAGGGCGGGUUCCUGGGUCCCUCGCGGUCCGCCGAGCGCAGACGCCGCAAGCGCAAGUCGUCGCGUCCUGCCAGCUCGCACUCCAACGGCGGCGCGGGAGCCUCAGCAGGGAGUGGCGGCAGCCGCAACAGCCAGGCCGAUGCAGACGAGCCGAUGCCGGACCAGUACCAAGACCAGGACCAAGACCAAGACCAGGACCAGGACCAGGACCAGCAACAGCAGACGCCGUCAAAGCACGAACAGCACGCGGCUGCGCCCAAGGGCGAGGCCGAAGAGACCGAUCUCGAGCUGGUGCCGCGUGCGCCGAACCCGAUCUCGGACCGCGAGUACGUUGCACACACGCCCGGUUCCAAGCGCCUGACCGUCAACGACUUUAUGCCGUCUGCCGACACGGAACCCUUUAUCGGCAUCCACUCGCCCGGCAACCUCGACGAGAUGCUGCGCCGCACCAAGGGCAUUUCUCGCCAGCACAUGAAGAUCUGCUUCAACGCCGACACGCACACAUUCGAGGCCAUCCCUAUCCACAAGAACGGCUUCUUCAUCAACGACAAGCUCAUUGCUGGCCAUACCGCCACGCUGCGCAGCAACGACUGCGUCCAGAUCAAGGACAUCCACUUCCGCUUCGCCAUCAGCUACGUCCCCGACGGCAUGACCGGCGGCGAGCCCGAGUUCGUCAACGGGCCCCACGGCAAGAGUAAGAAGAGACGCAAUGGGAGAGCACAGGCCACAGGCGGCAAAGAGAUCAGCUUUGAGUUUGAGAAAAAUAACGGCUCCUCGCCUCACGCUCGUGACACCAGCGAGGAAGACGACGACGCCGACCUAGGUGCCGGCGAGCCGUCGGCGGUGGCACGGUUCUUCCCGCACGGUCAGGACCACGCCCCGGCCAAGGCUGCCUCCCGCGCCACCAACACAAAAAACACAAACCACACAAACACUGCCACUUUCUCAUCCUCCAAUCCGCCAUACACCGCGCCGUCUUCCAACGGCAACGCAAAACUAACCAACCUGGCUUCAGGGACCGCAACAGUGCCGAAAGCUCAGCAGCUGAGCCCCGAGCAGACGCGAGCGAACCUGGCGGCGGCGAACGCGGCGCAUGCGACCCACGCUGCCCAGGCAAAUGCGGCCGACACCAACCCACUCAACGACGGCGUCGAGGCUGCUGCUGCGGCUGCCGAAAUGGACGAGCAGCUCGCCGAGAUCGCCGAGAUCAUGCAGACCUUCCGCGAGCAGAAGGACGCUGGCCAGCCAAAGAAGCGCGGCCCCGGUCGUCCUCCGAAGAACGGCCUCUUCUCGAUCCGCGAAAUGAAGGACCGCAUCGAGCACGGCGGCCUCUCUCCCGAGCAAGAAACGCUUCUUCAAAAGGCCAUCCAGUCCAUGCGGCACAAGCAAAAGAAGUCACGGAAUCCUGCAGCAGGAGCGGCGUCCGGUUCUGGCUCGCAGGACAAAAAAGCCCAAGACGCGACCGCCCAAAAGGGAUCUCAACAGGCGCAACUCAAGGCCCAGCAGCAGCAGCAGCAGCAGCAGCAGCCACCGCCAAAUGCGCAGCAGCAAGCCCAGCAACAAGUCCACCAGCAACAGCAGCAACAACAGCAACAGCUGCAGAUGCUGCAGCAACUACAACAGCAGCCUCUUCUCGCCGCGUCCACCGAUGGCCAGCCAGCCCAGCAGCAACAGCGGCGGCUCGACGAGAAUGAUGUCGAAAUGCACGACCUCCACCUGGUGCAGGCGCACAUGAACCAGCCGAGUAUGGACUACCUGCACCCUAUUCCCAACAACCCCAACGCCGACCCCAUCGACCAGCAGACCGCCCAUAUGCUGCUCGAGGCCAUUGGUGCUACCUCGACCGGCGAACUUGCCGACGCCGCCGCUCUGCACCAGCAGCUUGCCAACGUCGACGCCAAAGGGAAGGGUGCUGCCACCAACAACGGCAAUGCUGCCAAUGGCGGGUUCGACAACACCGCCAACGGACACCAGGGACUUGACAACCUCGUCCCCGGCACACCCGACGGCAAUGUUGAUUCUCAAGGCUAUCCGUUUAAUGCGCAGUUCGGCACCCCCGGCACGGCCACCGCCGCCGGGACGCCGAGUGUGGCCGGGACGCCCGGCAUGGACGGCCAGACUCCUGUCAAGCGCAAGGUCGGCCGCCCACGCAAGCACCCGCUGCCCGAAGGCGCCGAAAACCAGCCCGAGAAGCGAAGAUACAAGCCGCGCAAGCCCAGGGUUGGCGAAGAAGGCCAGCUCAUUGACGACGGCAAUGGCGGCUUCAUCGAGGUCGGUCCUGACGGCAAUGUGGUCAGUGCCGGCGGUUUCGGUGGUGGAGGCAUGGAAGACAACGGCGGCGAGGGGAGCAGUGCUGGUGCUGGUGGUGCCGGCGGCGGCGGGCCGUCCGGACAGAAUCGGGGCCGCGUCGAGCGGUACAAGACGCCGCCGCUGGAACUCAAUGCGGACGACUACACGGCCGCCGAAAAGACCAAACCCAGCAAGAACUACAGCGUUCUUAUCGACGAAGUGCUUACCGAAGCCGUGCCCCACGGCUUGUCGCUCAAGCAGAUCUACAAGCGCAUCCAAAUGAAGUACAAGUACUUUUACUUUUGCGUUGAGACCAAGGGCUGGGAAAGCAGCGUCCGCCACAACCUUAUCGGGAACGUCGCGUUUCGCAAAGACGAGGCCACCAGCACGUGGCACCGCGUGCUGGGCGUCGAGCUGGACGCCGGAAAGAAGCGUGCCAAGGGUGGCUCGCCCGAGAACCAAGUCGCCACGCCCUACCAGAAUUACGCCGGCCAGUGGCAGCAGCAGCAGCAGCAGCAGCAGCAACAGCAGCAGCAGGGCUACGUCCAAGGUUUCCCGCCGCAGCAGCAGUUCCAGCAGCAAGGCCAACAGUACGUCGGUCAGCCUCAGCAACAGCAGUUCACCCAAGGCGCGAUGGCUCCGCCUCAACAGCAGCAGCAACAGCAUGCUCCGGCAGGUUUUGCGCCCUUGCCUACCGGUACUACGCCAAACGGCGCCAACGCCAAUGGCAACGGAGUUGCAGCUCAAGGCCAACCUCAACCGCAACACAUUUAUGCUUCGGUGGAGGACCAAGGUCACGAACAACAACAGCCGCAACAACACCAGCCUCAGCAACAACACCAGCCUCAGCAACAGCAGCAGCAGCAGCAACAGCGCCCCAGCCAGCCUGCUGCUCCAUUCCCCUUCGCCCAGGCCACACCCCGCAGCCAACAGCAGCCUGCUGCCGCAGUUGGUGGUGUUGUGAACCAAGACCACGCCGAUCAGCAGAUGCGCCCGAUUUCUGCCCGGCCGCCACAGGCCACGACUCAGCAGACGCAACAGCAUCAACAGCAUCAACAGCAAGCUCAGCAUCUUCAGCAGACCGCACAGGGACUGCAACGCAUGCCACCGCCGCCGCAACAGCCACAGCAAGCCCAGCAACAGCAACAGCAGCUCCAACAGGCAUCCACGUCGGCUACUGGCACUCCUGCUUCGGCGGCCGCUGCCCAGGCUGUCUCGACAGCGACGCCCCGCAGCACACCAGCGCCGAGCGAGCUGCCGCCAGCCGUGUCCCAGGAACUCGUCAACCUUGUCCGCCUCUUCCGCGCGCAGGUCGUGACGCAAGCCAACACGCUCUCCGAGAACGUGGAGGGCAUCGCCAUGGCCGUCGCCAACCGCGGUCUGGGGCUGACCAAGACGAUCAACGCCAACGCGCAGCUCGACGAGAUUCUCUAUGGCGUCUUUCUCAACGUCAAGGCCACGCUCGCUGUCAGUGCCCUGCCCGACCCGGACCUGAUUGCGAAACUCGCCGCGUUCAACGACACCUUUUCGUCGCUGCUCAAGAGCAAGAUGGGCGACAUGGCCGAAGCGCUUGUGCUGUCGGCCAUUGACCGCGUGCUCGACUUUACCGAAGCGUCGCUGAUGCGGCCCAAGACCGAGGCUGAGCGCAGAGAGAUAGAGGGCGCCGAGAAGUUGAUUAUGGAGGAGGCUCAGAAAGUUGUUGACGCGCACCGUCUGACGCUGGCGUCGUCCAUGCCGGCUCCAGCUGCUGCUGCUCUGGCACGUACGACGCCGGCUCCCGCCCCAGUUGCUACUCCCGCUCCCACACGACAGCCCCAUGCAGCGGCAGUUCCUGCACCACAGCAGCAAACGGUCCCGGCUGCUCCAGCUGCUCAACCGUCCCAGCCGGUUCCGGCCGCUCCGACUGACCCAGUUGUUCAAGGUUCUCAUGUCAUUCAGGCAGUUCAAGCCUCCCCGGAAGUCCAGACCACGUCAGUUGCCACACCUUCUCCAGCUGCUCCCGCCACACUGGCAGUACCACCUACUCCUGCCGCUCGGGCAGUCCAAGCGCCUCCGGCUGUUCAACCGAUCCAGGCCGCACCGGUUGCCACCUCUCCAACAGCCACCACGCCUGCGCCAACUACCACACCUGCUCCUUCUGUCAAGGUAGCGCCAGCAACUCCAGCAGCUCCAGCAGCUCCAGCAGCCCCAGCAACUCCAGCAACUCCAGCUGCUCCGGCCGCUCCGUCUGCUCCGGCCGCUCCGUCUGCUCCGGCCGCUCUGUCUGCUCCAGUCGCGACACCUGCUCCCGCUGCCCCGACCGUCCAGACCGCACCAGAUGUUCCAGCUGCCACGACUGCCCCGUCCAAGCCAACACUGACCCCAUCCUCUCCUCCGGCGCAAGCUCCGGCUCCAGCCCUGGCACCUGUGCCUCCCACUUCGUCUGCAUAG